AUGCCAGGCCAUUGCAACUUGCUCAUCCUGGGCAUGUUUGCCCUCUUCAGCUUGCCCACCGCAAAACCUUGUGAAGGAUGUGAAGGCGAGCAUGUCUUGGUUCAAAGAGGCGCUGCAGUUCGGGUGACCUCAAGUGUCGCUUUGAGGCUACGCGAGCGGUUGGCCAUGAAGCCUGAUGCGAUCGAGCAAGCAGCUGUUUCUGCAGGGGUAGAGCUGCGCCCUGUGCACCACAAGCUGCUGGAUUCCUUGCGUCGUGCUGGGCCAGCCUUGGUGCAGGCCAAUCGAACAGGAGAGAGUGGUGGUGAAUACAUCAGGAGAAUGGCAGGGGAGUUGGAUGACUUCCAAAACGUGGGUGGCCUCAUGGCGGAGGCCUCCGCACUCACAGGCUCUUUAUUGGGCGACCUGAUGGAAGGCCGACCAGUUGACAUCCGCAGUACGCUGGUGUCUGCAGGUGGUCUGGUUGGGACUUUUAUUGGGACUGUGGUUGGCAUGGCCUUUCCCAUGCUUGGCCUGUUUGUCACCAUGGGAAUCUCAGUACUCACAGGGAUCUUCGGAUCCAGCGGGGGUGACCAGUUGAGCGACGCGCUCAAUGAAGCCUUGCAGGAGCUCUAUGAGAAGAUCAUGGGCGAGGUGAAGGAAUACGUGACGGAAUUUGUGACGGACUAUGUGAACUCAAAGCAAGCCCUCGAAUUCCGCACGGAGCUCAACACAUUGAAGAACGAAUUAGGCUACAUGCCGGAGAUCUUCCAGGACUCUGAAGGGGUCGCCGCAGGCUUCGAGCCGCAAAUGAGGUUGCUGUGGAUGCUCAUGGUUCAGCGUGACCUUGAUUCGCUCCUUGCGCAGUUCCUUGGGGGCUUAGACUGCCUGCCAGCUACGUGGCCUCCGUCUGCAGCUUGCUUGACGUGGCACAAGCAGUGUACGCUUGUGGAGACCUUUGAGUUGGUGUUGUUGCAAGCCAACUUCAUCCUUCAGAUGGGUGAGCUCGAGCCCAGCUGGGGCAGGGUCUUUGCGAAGGAACAUCAGAGAAAAAUGGAAGACACAACACAGAUUCUCUCUAUGGCUCGCUGGAUGUGCAUGGCUGGCCGGCAGGAGAAGACCCAUUUCUGGUUGGUGGAUGACGCCGAGAAGGUGACCAAGUACGCAGAGCCCAAACUUCGGAUGUUGAUGUCUCUGAGCAGCAGCACCUCGCCCACUUAUAGGAACUUCUUAUCGUACAAGAAGGGGACAGAGGCGCUCUACAAGAACAUGACCUGCCUGGACAAUUCUUUGGGUGAAAGCGGAAUCUACGGCAUUUCAUGUGGUAAUGCUUCUCAGUUUCUACAGGGAAUUCACCUUGGACUGCCCGGGCAAGUUCCACUAUCCAGGAUCGAGCAUAUGGGAGUGUACUUCUUUGACGGUUUUCCUCUGAUAGCACAAGGUGCCCAGAUGCAACCGCAAUCCAGCCUGAGAGACCCUGCUGAGAUUGAGUGCCAAGAGGCCUUUAUUUCAAAGUUGAAAAAGAUGGACUCGAACCUUUUUCAUAUUCAAGGCAUGACGAACAUGCCCUCGUGCAUCUUACCCCCGUGCAGCCUCCAGCAUGAUCCCAAGCUCUCGGCGCUUCCGCGACGCUGUCUGGAGAUAGACGCCAGCACGGCAGAGGCCAUGUCGCCUUGGAUCGGCUGCCCGGCUGGGAUGUUUGUUUCCCGCCUGACUUUGACGCCGAUCCACCAGUCGACGCCGACCUUUUCAAUGAAGUGUUGCACUGUUCGCCCUUCGGCUUGCGAGGCCUAG